AUGGAUCCCAUAAAUGAUGCCAGAUUUUACGAGUCGUUGAUCAAACCUCCACGGCAACGGACGCAGGAUGAUAUUCGUAAUAUCUAUGAUCAAUUGCGGUUGCUUGAUAUGUUCUCAAAUCUUUAUAGUGGUCCAUUGAAGGCUAUCUGUGCUAACGCACGAUACGAGCGGCACAGUGCGCAUCACACACUCUAUAGGGAAGGGCAGGUGGCAACAUGCUGGUAUAUUCUUUUAUCGGGGUCUGUUCUAAUUGAAAACAACAUAUGUCUUCCAUAUGGGUGGUAG